AUGUCAAUCGCGAAUUCUAUUUCUCUGUCUGGAGGCUUCAACUGCCCUGUUAAAGUUCUCAAACUGCCUAGGGCCAAUCAUCUCCCUCGAGGACUGCUUCAGUCCUCCAACCAUCUUCUCCAUCGUCCACCUUUCAUCUUCUCAGUAACAGAGAAACCUCAGUCUCUCUCUGCUAAUCCACACUACGGAUCUCUGGCUCAGGUGGAACUGGGACAGGUGCUACAGGCAUUGCAGAUGAGUGACAAAGAAGCCAAUAUGGAAGAAUUCAACACAGAUCCUAAGCUAUUUAUGAGAGCCAUGAGAGAUGAAUUUCUCAAACUCAAGUUGGAGCUAGCAGAGCUAAAAGCAUCCAAAGCAAGUAGUGGUGACGAGGAGGUGAUUAGAUCUGGUUCUUCAUCCUCAAAGAAUAGGAGCGGACCUGAAAAACGUGAUUUGGACACCUAUGACCCAAAGAUCAAGUACCCUGCCUUCAAGGGUAAUAUAAAUCCAGAUGCAUACCUUGAUUGGGAGAUGAAGUUUGAGCAAAUCUUCAGAAUGAAUGACUGGCCAGAAGAAAAGAAGGUAAAAAUUGCUUCAUAUCAAUUUUCUGACUAUGCUAUUGUUUGGUGGGAAGAUUUACAGCUUAAAAGGCGCCUUAAGGGCAAAGGACCACCUCAUACAUGGUCAAAGCUAAAGAAACUCAUGCGCAACAAGUAUGUCCCUAGUUACUACUACCGAGAGCUAAAUAGAAAGUUACGACUGUUUGGCCAAGGCUCUAUGACUGUAGAUGAAUAUGUGCAUGAACUUGACCUUCUUAAAAUGCGAGCUGGAGAAGCUAAAAAGGUGAAGUUGGCAGCAAUAGAAUUCACUGAUUAUGCCAUUGUUUGGUGGGAUAAAUUGGGUAUUAAUAGGAGGAAUAAUGGAGAGAGGCCUGUAACAACUUGGAGCGAAAUGAAAGCUCUAAUGAAGAAGAGAUUUGUUCCCAACCAUUAUUUUAGAGAGCUUUAUCAAAAGUUGCAGACCCUUACACAAGGUCCUAGGAGUGUAGAGGAGUACAAUAAGGAGAUGGAAUUGGCCAUGAUAAGAGCUAAUGUGCAAGAAGAUAGAGAAGCAACAAUGGCCCGAUUUCUAAGUGGGUUGAACAAAGAUAUAGCUGAUAUAGUUGAAUUGCAUCAUUAUGUAGAACUAGAAGACAUGGUGCAUAUGGCUAUUAAGGUGGAAAAGCAACUCAAGCGAAAAGGUGCUUCAAAAUUUCAUUCUGGAUCAACUUCUUCUUUCAAACAGAAUUGGAAGAAAGGAGAAAAAGCUAUCCAAAAGGAGACCACUAGAGGCAAAGAAGAAGCUUCAUCAAAGAGCAAAGGUAAAUCUGAUUCCCAAACUUCUAGAAAUAGGGAUAUAAAAUGUUUCAAGUGUUUGGGUACAGGUCAUAUUGCUUCUCAAUGCCCCAACAAGAGAGUUAUGAUUCUGAAAAAUAAUGAAGUUGUGACUGAAAGUGAGAGUGAAAGUGAUGACUCCAUGCCCCUACUUGAAGAUGCUAGUGAUGAUGGGAUUGAGUAUGCUGUGGAAGGAGAAUGCCUUGUGGUUAGAAGAGCCUUGAAUUGUCAAGUGAAGGAAGAUGAGUUGAAUGAGCAAAGGGAAAAUAUUUUCCAUACUCGCUGCCUCAUUAAUAACAAGGUAUGUAGUUUGAUAAUUGAUGGUGGGAGUGUUACAAAUGUUGCAAGCACUACAAUGGUUGAGAAAUUACAUUUGCCCACUGUUAGACACCCUAGACCAUACAAGCUGCAAUGGCUGAAUGAAUGUGGGGAGAUUAAAGUUGAUAAGCAAGUUCUUGUUUCUUUUUCAAUUGGGAAGUAUUGUGAUGAAGUAUUAUGUGAUGUUGUUCCUAUGCAUGCUGGACAUAUACUUUUGGGAAGACCUUGGGAAUUUGAUAGAAAGGAAUAUGUUGAUGUGUUCCCAGAGGAGAUUCCACCUGGAUUACCACCCAUUAGAGGAAUUGAGCAUCAAAUUGAUUUCAUUCCAGGAGCAACAAUUCCUAAUAGGCCAGCCUAUAGAAGCAAUCCAGAAGAGACAAAGGAACUUCAAAGGCAAGUGGAAGAGCUCAUGGCAAGGGGAUAUGUUAGAGAAAGCUUGAGUCCUUGUGCUGUUCCGGUACUUUUGGUCCCAAAGAAAGAUGGAACUUGGAGGUUUGUGGUGAGUGCUAAAGGAAUAGAAGUUGAUGAAGAAAAGAUAAGAGCUAUUAAAGAAUGGCCAACACCUAAAAGCAUAACUGAGGUGAGAAGCUUUCAUGGUUUGGCUAGUUUUUAUAGGCGCUUUGUCAAAGAUUUUAGCACACUUGCUGCACCACUCACUGAAGUUAUUAAAAAGUCUGUUGGUUUUAAAUGGGAUAAAGAACAAGAUGUUGCAUUCAUUAGGCUUAAGGAUAAAUUGUGUUCUGCACCUGUAUUAGUAUUGCCUAACUUUAACAAAACUUUUGAGAUUGAAUGUGAUGCAUCUGGAGUUGGAAUAGGAGCUGUUUUGAUGCAGGAAGGAAAGCCAAUUGCUUAUUUUAGUGAAAAGUUGAAUGGAGCAGCCUUGAAGUAUCCAACAUAUGACAAGGAGCUCUAUGCACUUAAAAGAGCAUUAGAGAAUUGGCAACACUACCUUUGGCCUAAACAAUUUGUAAUUCAUACUGAUCAUCAAUCUUUGAAGCACAUUAAGGGUCAAGGUAAGCUGAACAAGAGACAUGCAAGGUGGCUGGAAUUUAUUGAGACAUUUCCGUAUGUCAUCAGAUACAAGAAAGGUAAAGAAAAUGUGGUGGCUGAUGCAUUGUCAAGAAGGAUUGAUGGGUACUUGUUUAAAGAAAACAGAUUGUGUGUGCCUCAAUGUUCUUUGCGAGAAUUACUUGUGAGAGAAGCACAUGGGGGAGGAUUAAUGGGUCACUUUGGUGUGAAAAAGACUUUGGAUGUUUUGCAUGAACAUUUCUUUUGGCCUAAAAUGAAACGUGAUGUGGAAAGAAUCUGUGCUAAAUGCAUAACUUGUAAAAAGGCUAAAUCUAGAGUCUUGCCACAUGGUUUGUACACCCCAUUACCUGUGCCUAGUGAACCUUGGGUAGAUAUAUCAAUGGAUUUUAUUUUGGGUUUACCUAGGUCAAGAAAGGGUAUGGAUUCCAUAUUUGUGGUUGUCGAUAGAUUUUCUAAAAUGGCACAUUUCAUUGCUUGCCAUAAAACUGAUGAUGCCACAUACAUUGCUGAUUUGUUCUUUAAGGAAAUUGUAAGACUUCAUGGUGUUCCUAAAAGUAUUGUUUCUGAUAGGGAUACAAAAUUCUUGAGUCAUUUUUGGAGGAUUUUGUGGGGUAAGCUGGGUACUAAAUUAUUGUUUUCUACUGCUUGUCAUCCACAAACUGAUGGACAAACUGAGGUAGUUAAUAGAACUUUAACUCAAUUGCUUAGAACUGUGAUUCAAAAGAACUUGAAGAAUUGGGAAAAUUGCUUGUCAUUCAUUGAAUUUGCUUACAAUAGGAGUGUGCACUCAUCUACUGAUUAUUCUCCUUUUGAAAUAGUGUAUGGUUUUAAUCCACUAACUCCCUUGGAUUUAUUACCAUUGCCUAUGGUGUGGGUGCAUAUGAGGAAAGAAAGAUUUCCAGCUCAAAGAAAGUCCAAAUUAGCUCCAAGAGGAGAUGGUCCAUUUCAAGUGCUUGAAAGAAUCAAUGACAAUGCUUACAAAAUUGAUUUACUUGGUAAGUAUAAUGUUAGUGCUACUUUCAAUGUGGCUGAUUUAUCUCCUUUUGAUGCAGGUGAUGAUUCGAGGUCGAAUCCUUUUGAGGAGAGGGGGAAUGAUGCGAUACAGCAAGCUAACUCCUCAACUUCCAAUGAUCCAUUGCAAAUCCCAACUGGACCAAUCACAAGAGCAAGAGCUAAAAGAAUUAAGGAAGCUUUGAGUGGGCUAAUGAGUGACAAAGAAGCCAAUAUGGAAGAAUUCAACACAGAUCCUAAGCUAUUCAUGAGAGCCAUGAGAGAUUAA